AUGCCGGGGGUCUUGCCGUCGCGCCGAACGCGAGAGGCCUCCGACGUGCCACGGACACCGGUAGCCCCUAGGGAAGAGCCUGCUAUUUGUCCGACACACGACGAAGCUCAAGUCUCCCUGAAGGCACCUAAGGACAAGCGCAGUUUCGACUAUGUCUGGAGAUCUGGCGUUGCAGGAGGCUUGGCGGGCUGCGCGGCCAAAACGAUUGUCGCGCCGCUAGACCGGGUCAAGAUUCUCUUCCAAUCCCACAAUCCCCACUUUGUCAAAUACACAGGGUCGUGGUCCGGCGUGGUCCUGGCCGUCAAAGAUAUCUAUCGCCAAGACGGAUCCGUGGGGCUGUUCAAAGGUCACUCGGCCACCCUGCUGAGGAUAUUUCCCUAUGCAGCCAUCAAAUUCCUCGCCUACGAGCAAAUCCGCGCCAUUGUCAUCCCGCAAAAGGACAAGGAGACACCUUUCCGGCGGCUUAUCAGCGGUUCUUUGGCCGGUGUGACGUCUGUCUUCUUUACCUACCCCCUAGAACUUAUCAGGGUGCGGCUUGCUUUUGAGACGAAGAAGGAGGGCCGGUCAUCACUCCGAUCAAUAUGCAAACAAAUCUAUCAAGAACGGCACUAUACGAAACUGACGCUCCCUGGAACGGAUGCGGCUGUGGCAUCAGCUUCAGGUAUCCGAGGGGCGGUGGCAGCGGCCGCGCCGCCGCUGGCACCACCAAGCUUCGGGUUGGCCAACUUCUACCGUGGCUUUACCCCAACACUCCUCGGGAUGCUGCCUUACGCCGGCAUGUCCUUCCUCACUCACGAUACCGUGGGCGACUUGCUUCGUCACCCGGCAAUCGCCCAAUACACGACGCUGCGGAAGCCGGAGAAUUCUCCGCCGGGCAAGCCGGCACCCCUCCGUUCAUGGGCUGAACUGUCCGCAGGCGGUAUUGCCGGGGUGGUCUCUCAGACGGCGUCGUACCCCCUCGAGGUGAUCAGACGGCGUAUGCAGGUGGCCGGUGCGGUCGGUGACGGCCACCGGAUGCGGGUUGGCGAAACGGCCAAGUUGAUCAUGAGGGAGCGUGGCUUCCGGGGUUUUUUUGUGGGGCUGACCAUCGGCUACGCCAAGGUGAUGCCAAUGGCGGCGGCCGCCUUUUACACAUACGAGCGGUUGAAGAUGCGGUUUGGCAUUUAG